AUGGCCUCUCAACAAACGACUCUUUCUUACAACUACUCGCCCGGCGUCUCGCUGGGCCCGCAAGCCUCUCCUGUUCGUCAGAACGCUCCUGGGUUGCCGGUUAACCUGGGCUCCAAUAACCCCUUUCGUACUCGCACUCUUUCUCCCUCGAGCUCUACGCAUUCAGGCGGACAACCGGAACGGCCAAAGUCGACAAACCCCUUUCUUGACGACACCGAUCCUAUUUCACCGCAGUCAGCUCCCAGUGCCUCCUUGAUUGACCAACAAGACAUGACGCAGAACACGCGCGACCUCUUUGAAAACCUCUCCUUGAACCCCGCUCCCAAAGCCAGUGGGAUGCGACCAGCACCACCACGCCCGGAGAAGCCUUCGCAGAAUGGACCUUUGAAGUCUCGCCCGCCGCGCUCGUCCAAGGAACGUCCCGAAGGCCGUUCUAAUGACCCUUUCAAUAUUUUCAGCGAUCCUCCAAGCAAAGCUAAGCCCAGUGGUUCGGGUUCGAGAUCUCGAGAUCGAGAGCGACGGCCGCGCCGGAACUCCGAAUCUUCCGUGAUGGAGCGGACCCCAAAGCUUCUAGAUGACGAAGACGAGCGGCGGCGGCGUGAAAGGCGCCGACGCGAGCGCGAGGCACGUCACAAAGAUGGCAAAUCCCGAUCUUCCCGGAAGCCUGGGUAUCAGCUGGAUAUCAUUGACAAGUUGGAUGUGACUAGCAUUUAUGGAACCGGAAUGUUCCACCACGACGGCCCCUUCGAUGCCUGCAACCCCCAUCGUAACCGAAAGGGCCUCCGCGCCGCUCCGCUCCAGGCGUUCCCCAAGGACUCGAGUAACAUGGCACUGGGUGGCGCCGGACCCAACAAUCAGAAUAUCGAUCUCAAUUUGUUUCACGGCCGCACGGAGGAAGGAUAUAAUGAUUUCGCUUCCACGGGUGUGGCAGAUAACCGAAAGGCUGAAGGAGUAGCAUUUGAUCCAACUUCCCGGAUCGAGCCAGUUCACGGCGCAGAGAGCAUGGGUCUGGGCACCAGCACCUUUCUCGACGGCACUCCUGCCAGCCGCGCAGCUCUAAAAGAGGCUGAAACGGAGCAAACUAGCCUCGGCGCUGGUGGUCUGGCGCGCAAGAAGAGCUUGGCUCAGAGAAUCCGUGGUGGAAUCAACCGUCCUGCUCCCCGAAUCUCUCCUCACGCUGGCUAUCGUUCCCCUGGAAGCGCCUCAGGUAACAUGACGUCCCCGCGCAACGAGAAAAACCCGUUCUUCCAGGAUUACGACGAUGCAUGGGAUCAGAAGGCCGCCCGUAUCAAUUCUGCCGAGGAAUCACGCACUGUUCCUGAAGUGGGCCGGGAACGUUCGUCCAGCAGCCCCAAGCAGGCUACUGCAGCAUCCCUAGAACGAAGACAAACAAGUGAACGAACCAACCCGGGCUUGGAGGAGGGAAAGAAUACAGGGGGAGGUGGCUUCAUUAAUCGAAUGAAGAGUCUACGGAAACCCCAGCCCAGGAGGCGAGCUACCGAUGACUGA